AUGGCGGACCAAAAUAUUUCGCAGUACAAGUACUCGGCGAUGUCCAACCUGGUUCUCCAGGCGGACCGUCGUUUUAUCAGUCGCACCCAAGAUGAACCCACUGGAGACCCGGAGUCUCUGGCAGGUCGCAUUGGGAUCCGGGAGAUGGGUGCACAAGUUGCGCGUGCCAACGCCCCCAAAUCUAAGAAGGCAGCUCCGACCGGUCUCGAGCGGGGAGCUAUCGGAGAAGGCGAAGAUGUGCUUUUACGUGAACAGAAGAAGCGCACGCGCGGACAACCAGCACAACUACGCGGCCAGGGUAUUCUCUCAGCAGCCGAUGCAUUUAUCGAAGGCCUCAAAUACCGUCCCCGGACUCCCGCAACCCGAGCCACAUACGAUCUUAUCAUCACAAUCACCGGAAGCGCCCUGGGCGAUGUCCCCCAUGAAGUCGUUCGAAGUGCUGCGGACGCCGUGUUGGAAUACCUCAAGGAUGAGGAAAUGAAGGAUUUCGAUAAAAAGAAGGAGAUUGAUGAUCUUUUGGGAAGCUCGAUGAACCCUAAGGAAUUCAAUGAGCUUGUAAACCUAGGCAAGAAAAUUACAGAUUACGAUGCCCAGGAAGAUGAUGAAGAAAUGGACGAUGGCGUCGAUGAAGACAACGGCGAACUCGACCAGCGCCAAGGUGUCGCUGUUGUCUUUGACGAAGAAGACGAAGACGAUGACCGUAUGGGCACCGUUGACGAAAUUCGUGACGACGACGAGCUCAGCGACGAUGAAGCAGACGAACAAGACCGGCCAGAUGCUGACGAUGCCACAAGUGUCAAAGACGAAGACGCGGAGGAAAUGGUUAUCGAUGGAGGUCUCGGUGAAAACGAGAAGUCCGCAGACAAGACCGGAUUGAAGGUCUCGGCUCGCGAAAUCGAUGCUUACUGGUUGCAGCGCCAAAUCGGCGCCCUAUAUUCAGAUGCUCACAUUCAGCACGAGAAGACCGACGAGGCGCUCGCAAUUCUCGGCGGCAAGGAGGAGGAUGGAACACCAAAGCCCUUGCGCGACGUUGAGAACGACCUGAUGGAACUCUUCGACUACGACCACCCCGACCUUGUUGCUAAGCUGGUCACCAACCGCGACAAGGCCGUCUGGGUUACCCGCUGGAGAAGAGUAGCAGAGGACGCCGAUGCUCGUAAUCUGUUGGAGAUUGAGAUGGUUGAGGCUGGCCACCGAGCGAUUCUGGACGAAAUUCGCGGCAAAGAAGCCGGCGACGACCUUGCAGACCGCCCCGAAAAGAAGAUGAAAUUUGACUUGAUGGACGUCGAUGUUCCUUCAGGUACAAGUGCAGACCAAAAGCCCGAACAGUCCGGCCCUCUUCAGCCAAAGAGAACCAUCAACUUAGAGAAUCUCAUCUUCCACCAAGGUAACCAUCUCAUGACCAAUCCCAACGUCAAGCUGCCUCAGGGUUCUACAAAGAGGACCUUCAAGGGUUACGAAGAAAUUCACGUGCCACCUCCCAAGGCGAAGAAGGAGGCCGGCGAGAAGCUUCUCCCGACCACCGAACUGCCUGAAUGGGCCCGUGUUGGAUUUGGAACUUCCAAGGAACUCAACCGGAUUCAGUCAAAGUGUUACCCCUCAGCUUUCCACGACGAUGGAAACUUGCUCGUCUGUGCUCCCACAGGUUCCGGAAAGACUAACGUCGCCAUGCUCACAAUUCUCCGGGAAAUCGGGAAAAACCGCAAUCCCGAAACUGGAGAAAUCAUGCUUGAUGACUUCAAGAUUGUUUACAUUUCUCCCUUGAAAGCUCUGGUACAAGAGCAAGUCGGUAACCUAGGAAAGCGUCUGGAACCCUAUGGCAUUCGAGUCUCCGAACUAACAGGUGAUCGCCAACUCACCAAGCAACAAAUCGCCGAUACUCAGGUCAUUGUUACUACCCCUGAAAAGUACGAUGUUAUAACUAGAAAGGCAUCCGAGACUAGCUACACUAAACUCGUUCGUCUUAUUGUCAUUGACGAGAUUCACCUUCUUCACGACGACCGUGGUCCCGUUCUUGAGAGCAUCGUCAGCCGAACGAUUCGCAGACAAGAGCAGACCGGAGAACCGGUACGAAUCGUCGGUCUCAGUGCUACUCUUCCCAACUACCGUGACGUGGGAAGCUUCCUGCGUGCCGACCCCGUCAAAGGUGUAUUCCACUUCGACGGCACUUACCGUCCUUGCCCCCUCAAGCAAGAAUUCAUUGGUGUCACCGACAAGAAGGCCAUUAAGCAGCUGAAAACUAUGAAUGACAUCUGCUACACCAAGGUCAUGGAACAGGUCGGACAACGCCGAAACCAAAUGCUUAUUUUCGUCCACUCUCGGAAAGAAACAGCCAAGACUGCCAAGUACAUCAGAGACAAGGCCCUCGAGAACGAAACCAUUGGCCAAAUUCUGCGCAGUGACGCAGCCAGCCGGGCUAUUCUCUCUGAAGAAGCAGAGUCUGUCGAUGAUGCUGGUCUGAAGGACGUCUUGCCCUACGGCUUCGGAAUUCACCACGCUGGUCUUAGUCUUGCUGAUCGUGAUUCCGUCCAAGCUCUUUUCGCAGAUGGAAGCAUUCAGGUUCUUGUUUGUACCUCGACUCUGGCUUGGGGUGUUAACCUUCCUGCCCACACUGUUAUCAUCAAGGGGACCCAAGUAUACUCACCUGAGAAGGGUGCUUGGGUCGAGUUGAGUCCACAGGACGUCCUGCAGAUGCUGGGACGAGCUGGUCGACCUCAAUACGAUACAUUCGGUGAAGGUAUCAUUAUCACGUCGCAAGCGGAGAUUCAAUACUACCUCUCACUUUUGAAUCAGCAGCUGCCGAUUGAGUCGCAGCUGAUGAGCAAGUUAGCCGAUAACCUGAAUGCCGAGAUUGUUCUUGGCAAUGUCCGUACGCGCGAUGAAGGUGUGGAGUGGCUAGGCUACACAUACCUUUACGUUCGGAUGCUCCGGUCACCUGGCCUGUACAGUGUCGGUGCAGACUACGAGAACGACGAUGUCUUGGAACAGAAGCGAGUCGACCUCAUCCACUCCGCCGCUGCUGUCCUUGAGAAGGCCGGCCUUGUCAAGUACGAAAAGAAGACAGGACGUUUGCAGUCAACCGAGCUUGGACGUAUUUCCUCGCACUACUACAUUGGUCACAACUCGAUGUUGACUUACUCGCAACACCUCCAACCCUCCAUCACAACCAUCGAAUUGUUCCGCAUCUUCGCUCUUAGCGACGAGUUUAAGUACAUUCCAGUCCGCCAGGAUGAGAAGCUUGAGCUUGGAAAGCUGCUUGGUCGAGUUCCCGUUCCUGUCAAGGAAACCAUUGACGAACCCCACGCGAAGAUCAACGUCCUUUUGCAAGCCUAUAUCUCUCGACUCAAGCUUGAUGGUCUUGCUUUGAUGGCAGACAUGGUCUAUGUGACCCAAUCUGCUGGACGUAUCAUCCGAGCCCUCUUCGAGAUUUGCUUGAAGAAGGGUUGGUCCUCAGUAGCCAAGACUGCACUUGAUCUUUGCAAAAUGGCAGAGAAGCGCAUGUGGCCAACUAUGUCUCCCCUCCGCCAAUUCCCGCACUGCCCUAGAGACGUUUUGCAGAAGGCCGAGCGAAUUGAUGUGCCCUGGAACAGUUACUUCGACUUGGAUCCCCCGCGUAUGGGCGAGCUUCUUGGCAUGCCCAAGGCUGGGCGUGUUGUGUGUGACUUGGUGUCCAAGUUCCCCAGGCUGGAUGUUCAGGCUCAAGUCCAACCCAUCACGCGGUCCAUGCUGCGCGUUGAGCUGACCAUUUCGCCCAACUUUGUUUGGGAUGAUAAUAUACAUGGCAACGCUCAAGAUUUCUGGAUUUUGGUUGAAGACUGCGAUGGCGAGGAGAUCUUGUUCCAUGAUAGAUUCCUGCUUCGUGGUGAAUUCGCCAAGUCGGAGAUGAAUGAGCAUCUCGUUGAGUUCACCGUUCCCGUCACGGAGCCGAUGCCCCCUAACUACUUCAUCUCGCUGGUAUCUGACCGAUGGAUGCAUUCCGAGACCAAGAUUGCUGUUUCUUUCCAGAAGCUGAUUCUCCCCGAGCGCUUCCCUCCCCACACACCUUUGCUGGACAUACAGCGCGCACCAGUCAAGGCGCUCAAGCGCGAGGAUUACCAGGCAUUGUAUCCCGAAUGGCAGCACUUCAACAAGAUUCAAUCCCAGGUCUUCAAGUCAGUCUUUGACACUGAUGACAGCAUUUUCCUUGGUGCCCCCACGGGCAGUGGCAAGACUGUCGUCGCUGAGUUGGCCCUGCUUCGGCACUGGGCAACUAAGGAGGGUGGCCGUGCGGUUUACAUCGCUCCCUUCCAAGAGUUGGUCGACCACAGACUCGCUGAUUGGCAGAAGCGCUUCAGUGGCCUUGAUGGAGGAAAGACCAUCCUCAAGCUUACGGGCGAAACCACGGCCGAUCUUAAGAUCUUGGAGCAGGCUGAUCUCGUCCUUGCCACUCCCGGUCAGUGGGACGUCUUGUCUCGCCAGUGGCAGCGCCGUAAGAACAUCCAGACCGUGCAGCUGUUUAUCCCCGAUGAACUCCACUUGCUGGGUGGCUACGCUGGAUACGUCUACGAAGUCAUCGUGUCUCGCAUGCACUACAUCGCCCUGCAAACUGAGAAUGAAAUGCGCAUCGUUGGUCUGAGUGUGCCUCUUUCUAAUGCCCGCGAUAUCGGAGAGUGGAUCGGUGCCAACAAGCACACGAUAUUCAAUUUCAGCCCGCAUGCCCGUCCUGUGCCUCUGGAGCUUCACCUGCAAUCCUUCACCAUCCCUCACUUCCCCUCACUCAUGCUGGCCAUGGCUCGUCCCGCCUACCAGUCCAUCCUGCAGCUCUCGCCUGACAAGCCCGCUCUUGUCUUUGUUCCUAGCCGUAAGCAAGUCCGUGCUACUGCCUUGGAUCUACUAUCAGCGUGUGCUAUUGACAACGAUGACGAUCGCUUCCUGAACGCCGAUGUCAGUGAACUUGCCCCGCUGCUUGAGCGUAUCCACGAACAGACUCUCGCUCAGUCGCUUUCUCAUGGUAUUGGUUACUACCACGAGGCCCUGAACGCCACCGACAAGCGCAUCGUCGCGCACCUCUUCCGCAUCGGUGCGAUCCAGGUGAUGCUGGCCUCCAGGGAGGUUUGCUGGGAACUGGACAUCACAGCCCAUUUGGUAAUUGUCAUGAACACCCAAUUCUUCGACGGCCGUGAGCAUCGCUAUAUCGACUACCCCAUCAGCGAUAUCUUGCAAAUGUUCGGCAAGGCCUCUCGCCCUGGUGAGGAUAAGCUGGGCCGUGGUGUUCUUAUGGUGCCUGCAGUCAAGCGCGACUAUUAUAAGAAGUUCCUUAACGAGGCCCUGCCGGUCGAGAGCCACUUGCAGGUCUAUCUUCACGAUGCCUUUGUGACUGAAGCAAGCACACGGACCCUCUCCUCCACCCAGGAUGCGGUUGAUUGGAUGACAUACACCUACUUCUACCGCCGUCUUCUCGCCAACCCUAGCUUCUACGGUUUGAGUGAUGUGAGCCACGAGGGCCUGAGCACGUUCCUGUCCGAGCUUGUCGAGAACACAUUAAAGGAGUUGUCUGAGGCAAAGAUCAUCGACCUCGAUGAGGAAGACGAUAGUGUCUCGCCUCUGAACGCUGCCAUGAUCGGUGCUUAUUACAACAUCUCUUUCAUCACAAUGCAAACUUUCCUGCUUUCUCUUUCGUCUCGUACCAAGCUCAAGGGUAUCCUGGAGAUCGUCACUUCGGCGACCGAGUUCGAAUCCAUCCAGAUUCGUCGCCAUGAGAGUCACAUUCUCCGCCGUGUUUACGACCGCUGUCCGGUUAAGAUGGCUGAGGUUUCCUUCGACUCGCCUCACUUCAAGGCAUUUGUCCUCCUCCAAGCCCACUUCUCCCGCAUGCAACUCCCUCUUGAUCUUGCCAAAGACCAGGAAGACAUCAUUCGCAAGGUCCUCAACCUUCUCAGCGCAUGUGUUGACGUUCUCUCGUCCGAGGGUCAUCUCAACGCAAUGAAUGCCAUGGAGCUGUCGCAGAUGGUUGUUCAGGCCAUGUGGGAUCGUGACAGCCCUCUGAAGCAGAUCCCCCACUUCUCUCCCGAUGUCAUCAAGGUGGCUAAUGAAUACAAGAUCAACGAUAUCUUUGAAUUCAUGGAAGCCAUGGACCCAUCUGAAAACAAGGACUACGCAGCCUUGGUCAAGCGACUCGGUCUUGACAACAAGCAAUUGGCGCAAGCUGCGGCGUUCACCAACGAGAAGUACCCCAACAUUGAGCUUGACUUUGAAGUCGAGGAUCCCGACAACAUCACUUCUGGUGAACCCUCAUAUCUCAAGGUCAAGAUUGAGCGGGAUAUCGAAGAGGAUGAAGAGCCCGACACCACCGUCCACGCACCCUUUUACCCCAACCCGAAGAUGGAGAAUUGGUGGUUGGUUGUCGGCGAUGAGAAAACUAAGAGUUUAUUGGCUAUCAAACGUAUCACGAUCGGCCGCAAGUUGGAGCUCCGUCUGGAGUAUGUUGUUCCCACACCUGGUGAGCAUGAGCUGUCUCUCUACCUCAUGAGUGACAGUUAUGUUGGUGUUGACCAGGCGCCUACAUUCUCCGUGAAUGCGGCUGAGGGUAUGGACGAAGAUGAAAGUGAAGAAGAGGAAGAGUAA